AUUAUCUGGGAAAGGAAACGUGAGAGACUUGAAGCCCUCGAUCCCCAAUUCGACGAUUCCCCUCCCUGAUUCCAACCCAAUCUCCUUUCCGGCGUCGGCCUCCGCCUCCGCCUCCGCCGCCUCGAAUCCCUAGAUAGGGCCCUGCCGUCGGGGAUACGCCGGAGCCUCCCCUGGCCUUUGAUGAGAAGGACGCCCUGCCGCCUCAAGCCAUGCCGGAGACCGCUGCCGUGAACCCAGAGAAGGAGCUCGCCCUCUCGCCGACGAGCUCCCGGUCGGUGACGGAGACCGUGAACGGGUCGCACAAGUUCGUGAUUCAGGGGUACUCCCUCGCCAAGGGGAUGGGCGUGGGCAAGCACAUCGCCAGCGACACGUUCACCGUCGGGGGGUUCCAGUGGGCCAUCUACUUCUACCCCGACGGGAAGAACCCCGAGGACAACUCCGCUUACGUGUCCGUGUUCAUCGCCCUCGCCAGCGAGGGCACCGACGUGAGGGCCCUCUUCGAGCUCACCCUCUUGGACCAGAGCGGCAAGGGGAAGCACAAGGUCCAUAGCCACUUCGACCGGUCGCUCGAAAGCGGGCCGUACACCCUCAAGUACCGUGGCAGCAUGUGGGGUUACAAGCGCUUUUUCAGGCGAGCUGCUCUUGAAACAUCGGAUUAUCUUAAGGAUGAUUGCUUGAAAAUUAAUUGCACCGUUGGUGUUGUGGUGUCUGUAAUGGAUUCACCUAGACUGCACUCCAUACAAGUUCCAGAUUCUGAUAUCGGAAUGCAUUUUGGUGCACUUCUGGAUAAUCAGGAAGGUUCUGAUGUUAUUGUUCAUGUAUCUGGGGAAAAAUUUCAUGCUCAUAAAUUGGUAUUAGCUGCAAGAUCCCCAGUAUUUAGAGCUCAGUUUUUUGAUGAUUCCGAUGGUCAGAGGAGUGAUAUUGUUGUUGCAGAUAUGGAACCCAGGGUUUUUGAGGCGAUGCUGCAUUUUAUCUACAGAGACACUUUUAUAGAGGAUGACGUUCUGACCACUUCAAGUUCUCCUGAAUCUUUUGCAUCUGACACAUUGGCUGCAAAGUUGUUGGCUGCAUCAGACAAGUAUGGCUUGGAGAGGCUUCGACUUUUAUGUGAGGCACAUCUGUGCAAGGAUAUAUCUGUGGACUCGGUUGCCAGCAUUCUUUCAUUGGCUGAUUGUUAUCAUGCCACAGAACUAAAAGCUGCUUGUCUUAAAUUCUCUGCAGAAAAUCUUGGAGCUGUCAUGCGCUCAAGUGGAUUCCGGCACCUCAAAGAAAAUUGCCCGUCACUGCAGUCAGAACUCCUGAAGAUAAUUGCCGGCGCUGGAGAUGAAUCCAGCGACGGUGGGAAAGACCGGAGUGUUUGGGCCCAGCUCUCAGACGGUGGAGAUUCCAGUGGCCGAAGGGUAAGGCCUCGGCUAUGAGAUCACUAAGAUCAAAACGGCUAAUGGUUACAAGAUGUAGAUGUAGUGUUGUGUCCGUGUGCGUGUGUCAAGUAGAAAUGUGAAAAUUGAUCACCGUAGCUCUAUAUGGUAUCUCUCGCUUUUGUGUCAGGUAUGUAUAAUGACAGUACGACGGCACAACAAAGUUGCAAGGCUUCUAUUAGUUGGAGUUGUGGAUGUGCGUCACCGUUAGGGAUCCCCAGUUAUGAUUUUCCAAUAUGGUGAAUGAAAGAAACUUUGUCCGAA